AUGGACAACUCCAGGCGUUGCAUCACUGCCGUUGUGUGUCUGCUGCUGCUCUAUACAGCAUCUUGUACGUUCAACAUUUGUACGGCGGAGAGGGCUUCCAGGAGCAUACCGUUCCUUGUCUAUCCAAAUGGAGGAGCUCUUAAGUGGGUCGUCGGUCUGUCUAUUCCGGUGAAGGUGUCCAACCGCUCGGUUGGGAUGCUCCUGCAGUUCCAAGGGCUGUACGCGCAUCCCUCAAACAUAAGCGAGAUAUCACAACACUUCCCUCUGAAUGUUGGCCGUGCUGCCAUCUAUGCAGUUUUCACUUCGAUAAUGAACGCGCUAGGCACGGACGGCCACGCGUGCCUGCUGAGGGCUGUCUGCGAGGCGGCCGAAACGCCGCUGCUGCACAACGGACUGUUUGGGGAGGUGGCGCACCUGUUGCUGACGCCAAGCGACGGCGACGCCGGUCUGGCAGAGCACGUGCUGGCCCGGGAGGCGGGCAGGGGAGGGUGCCGGCGGCGGUACGCGGCCUGCCCAAGGGGUCGCGGCCUGCUCGACGCCGUCUCCACCCUGUCUGUGGACUCACAGCACUGGGAUCGCUGA